AUGCAGAACGCGGAUUUGGUGAAUAAAAUCUUAAAAAGUAAGUUUAUGGCGCCGCAUAAUUUUGAAAAUGAAGCUAGCACAACACGCUUUUGGAUCGAUAUAGAAAGAAAUCUACAAAUAUUUAAUGAUUCUUUAUUUAAGCGUCUAGCUUUGAUGUUUGGAAGCGAGUUUUACGAAUGGCCAUCUUAA